UUGUUCUUAGGCUGUGUUCGUUUGAACCAGAGAGGCUCGAUUCUUCGGAAUUGGGAGAGGUUUAUCCUCAAACUAUCACCCCAAUCUUGUCAUUGUACUUAGGUACAUGACAAUUGGCAUCUAGAGCCGUUUUGAUUCUGCGGUUUCUUCAAUGGAGGUUGCAGAUUUGGACGAGUUUUAUCCAAUAGAAUUUACAGAAGCUGAGUUGUUAUCACAAAAUAUUUAUGGCUUGGGAAAACUUCUAGCUGCAGUAUCAGAGAAGCUGGAUGGUGAAUUUAUUCGACCUCCUAAUCAGGUAACGGCAUGGAUGAACAUCUUAUCAAGGGAAAUCAAGGAAAUACUGGUAAUGGAGUGUAGAUUAUAUGAUGAGAAUUCAGAAGAAAGUCUUGGAUUAAUCCAAUCAGUGGUUCAACAAUUGAAGACGAUGAAGAAAUACAUCGCUGACCAUAUGGAACCAAUUCCUGUUGAUUCGGAUUCAGUAAGUGAUUCCACUCAGAAAUCUUCAAUUCCAUUAGCUGCAGAAGAAGAUGAAUCUCUUGAUUGCAAGUUGAUUCCGCCGUAUUUCUUUGAAGAAAAUGAGAAUUUAACAGUUCUAGACUCACAUGAACAAUUUUUUUCCCCUAAUUGGAGUAUUCUGAUGGAUACUUUCCAAAUAAAAAAUGUUCCAGGUUAAGCGAUACUGAAUUCCUGUGAGUGUUUCUCUAUUUUUCUUAAUUCUUCUCAUUGCAUAUUUGACCGUGGAAAAGAGUUUGAUAUUAGGAAGGUUUUUUCUGAUUGGGUUAGAGAUUAUACAUUAGGUUCUGUCACAACUAUUUUUGGUUCCUUGCUACUUAAUGUGUCGAUUUUAAUAGAUAAAUAUGAUCGGAAUUUUGUUCAAGAGCUGCUUUAUAAACAUGGGUACUGGUCAGACUCAUUAUCCAGUGGUGUUACUACUGCUGCUUGUUGUAUGUUUGAUAAAAAGCUUGAGAGUGCAGGUUGGAAUUCGAGUGGUAUUAGAAAUUAUUCUCUCUCGCAGCUUAAAAUAGAUAAGGUGAGUUACAAAUUGACUGUCAAAGAAUGUCUCUUCCUUAUCUUGGAUUCUUUUCGUAUGAUAUUUGAUCGCGGGAAAGGAUGGAAACUCAUUAAGGGGUAUUCGUUAAUUAAUAGUGACUAUAAAUUCUGUUUUGAGGUAUUUAUUUAUGUUUCAUUCGUUCUCAAUGUGGGUUCAGUUUCGAUGGCUUACUACAACAAAAAAUUUGUUCAUGAGUUUCUCACUAAGCAUGGGUACAAAUCAGAUUCAUUAUUUUGUGACUCAGUUCUAUUGGUGUGUUUCCAGUGGAUACUGUGUGUUUCUUCUUACCCUUGUUUCAACUUUACUGGUAGCGUAUUUAAUCGUGGGAGAGCAACUGAACUUAUGGAAAGAUUUGGGUACCAGUCAGAAUUCCAGUUUAUGUACUCGAUUAUGUGUACGUUGGCUCACAAGGGUGAUAGUGGUGUUGGUUGGUUUAUCAUGGGCUUUACAUCAGUUGCGUGCUUUGCCGUUAGCGGCUAUUAUGAGACCAAAUUUCCAUAUAGAACUGAAGUUUUUGAAGGAGCAACACUUAUGACGCGGUACUACCUUACACAGGAAGCAAAUAGUCAAGGCUGUGUGGUUAGUUUUGAUCCUGCAGUUAGUCGUGACCUUGGUCUCAAGUUGUUAUUUCUAGUAGCGAGGCAUAUUUCUUACUCUUGUAGUUUCCAUAUGGGUUACCUACGGUUGGUGUUGGUGUUAGUGUUGGUGCAGGACACAGAAUCAAUCUAUCAAUGAUUCUCGUGUAGAGUUUCAAAGUUAACAUUGGGUUUAUUCCACUUGAUACUAUAGCUGCAGUUCUUCACGGGUUCUCUACAGGGCAACCUAGAAGUUCUUCAGAUUAUGUAAUACUGCCUACUGGUGCUUAUGGAAUUCAGUUUCUUCGGCUCAUUAGAGCAUCUUAUGUACUGGAUAGAAUGAGUUCCUUCUCACCUACAUCUGCACCUUAUGAUAUUCUUAUUAUUCUGAUGGAACAUGUACAACUACGUCUCAAUCCGGCAAUUAUUGGUUCUCACUCAUGGUAUUCUGCUCAACAAAAAUCUAAUUGCUAUACUCGGUUGUUGGAAAUGAGAAGCUAUAUACAAUUCGAGUUCUGUAUAUGGACAAUGGGAAUAAAGUUGGUGCUCAGUAUGUUUUACAUUCCAAAUGUGUUAAUGUUAGUGGUCAUGUUGAAGUGGAAAUUCAAGUUGGUUUUAACUGGGUUCUAGAGCGUGACGAAUGUUAGCUGGGUUGGCAAGGGUUUGAUCUCAAUGGAAAGCUUGGUCGUAAAAUGGAACUGUAUGAGUCAUUCGUUCUGGAAAGCUGAGGUCCAGAAUCCAAUUAUGGCAACUCUUAUGUAGGGCAAUCUGUUCUCGAAAAGUUUACAAAGUCUGGGGAAAGAAAGUAAUUACAUCUUAAUUCUUAUGGGUUUACUUAAACACCCUAGCUCCAGUUUUCAUUGUAGUCGCAAAUUAUAUUUUGCCUCGGAGGAAUCCCUUGGAAGAGUAGUGGGUAUCAAGAAGGUGCUUGUACAGGUUCAUGGUGGUGAAAUCCUUUGUGCGGGGAUCAGUAUACAUUUGUCGUUCCUAACUCUAUCUCUUUGCACUAGAGCAUUACCACCAGGGGUUCCAGAAAUCUUUGCUAUAUUUCGGGAGUCUCCUAGUUCAUUUGUGUUUGAUAGGGGGAAAUUUGUUUUACAUCAUGUGUGGGGAUUGUGGUACCAAUCAAAGAAAUCGGAUAAUUAGACAGAUUUUACGAUUCAUAUUGAGGCUGUAUCGAAAUGGGUGGAUCAAGUUUCUGCAGUUUCUCACAUGGAAGAAGAUAGAGAGCAUGAAACUCAUGCCUUAGCUAGUCGUGGAGUUGCACUUCUUAUGCAGCUUUUAUUUCUGGGAAAACGGGAACAAUAACCAAGAGUAAGGUUGCAAGCACUACUUGUACCAGUGAUUACCAAACCGUGCAAUAUGGAUAUUGUGGGCCAGUUUACCAGGGAAAGACAAGCAAGAGAGACUUCUGUUUCCUAGCGGGAUUUAUGGGGAUAACCGCUACCUUGUGUGAUCAUUUUUCUUCCCAUGGAAGUAGUCUGUGGAUUGCUUGGCUUAUAGUGGAUAUGUCCAAGGUAUCCAUGGGGCAAUUAAUUACCAUGACGGCUGGUUGGCUCCUACUGCAUUCUAGAGAUGACUUUCCAAUACUCACGUCAAUUUUCUUAACCCACAUCCUUGAGGACAAGGAUGCUUUGAAGGGGUCGGAUGCUUUGAAUGGGUCGGUAAUGUCAUGUACCCGUAGUGGAGGGGAGUGCCCAUAUCCUAUUGUAGUCAGUAGUUAGCUUAAUUAGUGUUAAGGUGUAAUGUGUGGUUGUGAUGUAACCGCGUGGGGGAUUGGUUGUCGUCAGAUUGGUUUGGGAAACCUAGCUUUUAUAAUGCCAGAGUUUGUACUGAAAAUCUUAUCAAAAAUUAAUAAUCAAAACUUUGUUCU